AUGGAGCAUGUGAUCGGGGGGAAGUUUAAGCUGGGCAGGAAGAUUGGGAGCGGAUCUUUCGGGGAGCUGUAUCUUGGCGUGAACAUACAGAGCAGCGAGGAGGUGGCUAUCAAGUUGGAAUCUGUCAAAUCAAGGCAUCCUCAGCUUCAUUAUGAGUCAAAACUAUAUAUGCUUCUGCAAGGGGGGAUGGGGAUUCCUCAUCUGAAGUGGUUUGGAGUGGACGGGGAGUACAAUGUCAUGGUCAUUGAUCUUCUUGGUCCAAGUCUGGAGGACUUGUUCAACUAUUGCAACAGAAAAUUUACCCUUAAAACAGUACUUCUGCUUGCUGAUCAGAUGAUCGCCAGGGUAGAGUACAUGCACUCGAGGGGCUUUCUUCAUCGUGACAUAAAGCCAGACAACUUCCUUAUGGGUUUAGGCCGUAAAGCAAGCCAGGUGUAUGUUAUUGACUAUGGCCUUGCAAAGAAGUACCGGGACCUCCAAACUCAUAAGCACAUACCAUACAGGGAGAACAAAAAUCUUACAGGAACAGCACGUUAUGCUAGUGUAAACACCCAUCUUGGAGUAGAACAAAGCAGGAGAGAUGAUUUAGAAUCUCUCGGUUAUGUGCUGAUGUACUUCAUAAGAGGAAGCCUUCCUUGGCAAGGUCUGAAAGCUGGCACGAAAAAACAGAAGUAUGAUAAAAUUAGUGAAAAGAAAAUGUUAACUCCAGUUGAGGUCCUUUGUAAAUCUUAUCCAUCGGAGUUUGUUUCAUACUUCCAUUACUGCCGAUCCUUGCGUUUUGAAGAUAAACCAGAUUACUCCUAUCUGAAGAAACUCUUCCGAGAUUUAUUUAUUCGUGAAGGGUACCAGUCUGAUCAUAUAUUUGACUGGACUGUGUCGAGGCAAUUAGCAGAGAAUAACAGAUUGCGACCAAGUGGAAGGACAGCUGGGUUGGUGGGACCAUCUGCAGAACGGGCUGAACGGAUUGCAGCAAGACAGGAUGGUCCUGAUAGAUUCUCUAGUUCAGUGGAAACAUUUGCCAGAAGAACUGGCUCUGGUUCUGGCCAUCAUGGAGAAAACACGAAGCACAGAACUCUGUUUGAUUCUCUGUUGGCACCUAAGAUGGCUGCUGAUUCGGAUAAAAGAAGGCCUACAUCAUCCCGGAAUGGGAGCACAUCGAGGAAGGCUCUCCUGUCAAGCAGCAGACCAAGUUCUGGAGAGCCCAGUGACCCCACUCGCACUAGCCACCUAAUCCCAACUAGCAGUGGCAGCAGUCGUCCAUCAACCACUCAGAGGCUUCACCAAUCAACUGGUCUUGAGGCCAGGUCCUCCUCGCUGUCGAAAACUGCGAGAAAUGUCCAUGAUGAUCCCACGAUAAGGACAUUUGAGCGCCUUACAAUUAGUGCAGACAGGAGGAAAUAA